CCUCAUUCUACUGCGACUCGCAUCGUCCCCCUCACCAACCAGCAUCUCCAUCAUUUUCAUGAUCGCUCGUGGUCGUCCAGCUGUCUCCCUUUCUUUGCAAUGUUCGUAACGCAGUUGUUUCCAGCGUAUGCCGCUAGGGAGCAGCACAAGUGACGUUUCGACCGUCGUCAUCGCCGGCGUCAUUCUCGAUAACAACUACAAUCAUUAUUCUGCCUGUUCUGCCAUUCGUCCACUUGUCUGUCCAACAGCAAUAGCAACGGCGUCCGACCCAUCUCUACCGUAAUCCUAGUGUCAUCGUGUUCGCGUUGUGUUCUUCGAGUUCAGCCGCAAAAAAACACUCUCUUAGCUUAUCUUCCCUUCUUACUUGCUUUGCUCUCCUUUUCUUAAUUUUCUUUUACCAGCGUCAAUGCUGGCAGCAGUAACAGAAUUAACCCUUUCGCGCCAGAGUCGCCUGAUUAGUAGAGCAGCGUUAGCUUCACUGCACAUUACGUCUAUUGCUUGAUGCUGUACCAAUGGAGUUGACGUCGGCAGCGCGACCCCGUCGCUGGCGUAACCAGCUUUGACCGCUUCUGCUGCCGCUACUUUUCCGUCGGUACCGGCUCCCCUGUCGUCAACGUAUGGCUCUACGCCGGUGUCAUCUACGUCGGGCGCGGCGCUGGCCGCACUCCGGUUGUUCCCGUUGAACUGAGCAGCUGAUGGUAGCUGCCGCGCCGGCAACGAUGCUGUUGCCGCGAUAGGCGCUUGUGGCGCUCUUUCUCUGACGGCAACUAGUACUAGUUCGAGUGCUGUUACUAUUGCUGUGGCCAACUGCCAUUGUGUCUGUGGCUUGUGUCGAGCUCGCUUCGUUAAGGUUUCACCGGGCAUCGACGAUAAUUCAGCAAUAGAUUUGCAGUGGUGUGCCGUAGAGUCAGGGGCGGGCGGUGUCGCUUUUCAAGCUGACAGCGACUUAGCUUUUGGUGAAUCGCGCAUCCGGAAUAGAAUUCCUCCUGUAAUAGUAGUUGCAAUACUUCGGAUUGCGCUUUGCUACCGCCACAGAGAGGUACUUGUUGCGCAAACUGAAGACCAGUUGAUCGGUACUUAGCUGCUAGGCGGUGCGACAGGAACACAAGCCUGCCGUGCGGUACAGCUGCUUUUGUCACUGUAGAAGGAUGUGCGUUAGAUUGGUACGCAACGUAACUUCGGUGUAAUUCAGUGUGUCAGUAGCUUAGUAUCGUUCAUGUUCUAGUCCAACCGAAUGCCGGUUAGAAGCUGGCGUAGCGCUAGGGAGUUAUAGCUGUAUUAGUUAUCGUGGUCGUAACCUUUCGAGACGAACCGCGCCCUCUGGCCGAACUGUAACCGUAACGCGGCCGGCCACCAUUUUCGUUCCUUCUCUCUUGAGCGGCGGGCGCGGCACCAGCGCCGCCACUAUUCGCUGUCUGGCUCCGGCCUCUGAUCUUGUCUGUUCUCUUUGAUACAGUGUUCACUGGAUAAUGAUGGCUAGAUAGACCACUCGGACUCUCCGAGCGACUGAUUGCUCCUCCAGCAAACUCAGUUGCCAUCUUUACCUGACCAUCUCCGCACUGCGAUAUGUGUAUUCAAUAUCGUACCACUUUUUGGGGCAUGACCCGCCUGCGGCCGGUUCGUGUGCUAUCUGUAUGCACAGUAUUGUGAGGUAGGUAGCCAAGCCACCGAAAGGCUGAGAAAGAAUCGAGUCAGCGCAUUUAUUACUCGGCGGUCUAGUUAUUAGACGAACUGAGUCAGUGAGUGACUGUGAGUUCGCCAGUGCCAGCGUAGUUGUCCAAUCGAAGGCGAGUUAGACCCAGUUCAUCGGUGAUCAUGGCAGAGGAUAGAUACCGUGAGGCAGGUUCGGUGAACGAAGCGUAGCGGGAGUCGCAACACAGGGCGAUGAAACUGUUGUGAGUCUGACUGCGAUAAACGAAGCAACGAUGGCACUCGGUCGCUCAGUUACUACCGACAAGUGAACUCGUUGACGAGCAAGAAAAUAGAAGACCUAAACGGUGUUUGGCCCACUCAGCGCGCUCCCGGAGGCAGCUGUCCUGUUUUCCGUACCUGGUCAGACUGGGCAAAUAUCGAGCGAGCAGUGUCACACAACCGGCGUGGCAGUGUUCGGCAAUAGUAGUAUUGGUGUCGUUAGCAAUAAGUCCGAAGUACUGAGAGUAUUUCGAGAGGCUAUCGAGCAUCCGCCCAGUCAAAAGGCUGGCAGACACAGGAAGAAUUAUUGGCUGGUAGGCGAUAUGAACAGAAGUCUUUUUCUUCGGUAAAGUGAACAACAAAGCAAUUGAUAACGCGGCAGCAGCCAUUUGCGUAAUACGCCGAAAUAUCAUCAACAUGGCGAAGUACGAGCUUGACGGAUGCUGCUCCAGUAAGCAUGAUAGGAGUCAAGAUGAGGAGAAAAUGGAUGCAAACGAAAAUUUGGUUAGUGCUCCAAUGACGCAGGCUGAAAGGCCACUCAAUCAGAAUUUGUUUACAUUGGAACCUUACCCGCUGACGUACCCUAAAAUGGGUCGUUGCAUUAUCGUUAAUCAGAAAUUCUUUGCGCCGUCAACAAAUCUGGACACGAGACAUGGUACCGACGAAGACGUACGCAGUCUAGCAUGGUCGUUCACUAGGCUGCAUUUCCAAGUGGACGUCAUCCAUAACCGUACAGUAAAUCAACUACGAACACUAAUUUCCGACCUGAGUACUUUCGACCAUACGCGUUAUUCGAGCUUCGUGUUAUGCGUCUUAUCGCACGGUGAUCGAGGAUUCAUCUACGGCCACGAUGGCAAACUCCUCUUGAAAGAGGUUCUUGAGGCGUUUUCACCCGAUCGUUGCCCGUCGCUCAAAGGAAAGCCGAAGCUUUUUAUCAUCCAGGCUUGCCGGGGACAGCAAGAAGAUGAGGGAGUGGCCAUUCAAGUCAAAAAAAAGGGAAUCAAGGACCAACUGGAUGCUACGGCCACACCUACUCUGCCUGAAGAUUUUGUUCUAGCCUGCGCAGCGGCUGAUGGCUAUGUUUCAUAUCGAGAUUCUAGUACAGGUACUCCCUUUAUACAGAAACUCUGCCGUGUUCUCGACUCCUCCGACGUAGCAUCUUCCCACAUUCUUGAAAUUCUCACCCGAGUAAGUCGUGCCCUAUCGAUCGAAUUCGGCAACGACUCUCGUACAAAGCAAUCUGCCACUGUAACAUCUAACCUGAACAAACUGUUUUACCUCAAGCCUAGGCCGCAAACGAGUAGAAUCACGUAACGGCAAAGCAGUCACAUAUACGAUCGAUACUGUAGCUAUGACAGUGCGAAUAGGCCUCUUGAGACUCGAUCGUCUCGAAAAGGUUACGAUGAAGAAUCCCCAUACUGUAAAACAAAAAAAUCAGAUACCUAAGCUUUAGUCGGUUGAUUUUAACAGGAGGAUUUAAUUCAUUUGGAGCGAAUGUGUGCAGGUAGGAAUAGCCACUUAUGGAAAAGAUAUCGAAAGAAAGUUUGUGGUGUUACUUUUUUAUUUUGCCUGUUUGUACGUUGAGCAUCUAUGCACGUUGACGUCAAAACGAGCACAAUCGAGAUUAACUAACUGAUCAGUCAAUCACUGCAAGAAGACGAGUUGUCAGACGCCCUGAGAUGUCAGUUACUAGUCAACUCUAUACAUACAUACAUCAAAAAGUU